AUGGCACCACCAUCGCGCAUCCUUCUGCCAUUGGCGGUGCUUUUUGUUCUUGUUUUGCCUCAUGUGCAGGCCAGAUACAUCGUCUACAACAUAGAGAAAAAGCAUGUCGUCCAUGAGCCUCAUCUCAAAGAAUCUCGGCCCGAGUUCAAACCAGGGCCAUGGAAAUCAGCUCAUGCAACCUUCUAUGGAGGGGCUGAUGCAUCAGGGACAAUGGGGGGAGCUUGUGGCUAUGGUGAUCUGCGCGCACAAGGCUAUGGCGAUCACACUGCGGCCUUGAGCACUGCUUUGUUCAAAGACGGAUUUGCAUGCGGUGCGUGUUAUGAGAUCAAAUGUGUCGACGACGACCAAUGGUGCAAACCAGGGCAACCUUCGCUCUUCGUUACAGCUACAAACAUUUGCCCACCCAACUACAAUCUUCCCAGCGACAAUGGAGGAUGGUGCAACCCACCACGUGAACAUUUUGAUAUCGCACAGCCUGCAUUCCUUCUGAUUGCUGAGUACAAAUCUGGCAUCAUUCCCGUUAAAUAUCGCAGGGUUUCUUGCAAAAAAAAGGGAGGGAUUCGAUUCACAAUAUCAGGGAACCCAUAUUACAACAAGGUGUUGGUAUGGAACGUUGGAGGUGCUGGGGACGUAAAGGAAGUAUUGGUGAAGGGUGACAAAGUGGAAUGGACGCCAAUGAAACGAGACUGGGGCCAGAACUGGAUAGCGGACGCCAAUUUGGUGGGUCAGUCUCUGACCUUCCGAGUCAUCGCAAGCGACGGACGGAUAUCCACUUCGUGGCACAUUGCCCCACCGAGCUGGCAAUUCGGCCAGACCUUCGAAGGAAAGAACUUUAAGUAUUGA